AUGUCUCUAGGACACGAGUCCAAUGGUUGCCCGCGGCCCCGAACAACAGAAACGAAACAAUGUUAUCAUUGUCAGGGUCUAGGUCAUGUCCAAGCCGACUGUCCUACCCUCCGCUUGAACGGCGGCGCCUCUAAUGCGCGCUGUUAUAACUGCAACAUGCCUGGGCAUUUGGCUCGAAAUUGUCCGUCUGGCGGCAUGCAACAGCAGAACCCUCAGCCUGUACGAAAUACAGGUCCAGCCCGUGGAGCAUUCAAUAAUGCCGGCUUCCGAGGAGGGUCUGCGGGGUAUCCCAGGGCUGCAACGUGCUAUAAAUGCGGUGGCCCAAACCAUUUUGCCCGAGAUUGCCAGGCUCAGGCUAUGAAGUGCUAUGCCUGUGGAAAACUGGGUCAUAUCUCCCGCGACUGCACCGCUCCUAACGGCGGACCUCUAAGCUCUGUUGGGAAGGUCUGCUACAAGUGCUCUCAAGCAGGCCACAUUUCCCGCGACUGUCCUACCAACAACCCGGAUAUAAAGGUGCCAGCUACCGUUACUACUGAAACCACAUCAACGGUUAUCCCAACCGUGGAGCCUUCUGUGGAGGCUCCAGCCGUCGCAACCGGAACUGUUACCUCCACUGCUACCGCUUAG